UUGGUAACUUUGUAAAUUCUAUGAACUUACAAACUUUUACAAAAUUUUUCAAAUAUUUCUUAUUAAAAUUAGCUUUCAAAUUUUUCUAAACUUACUAUAAUCAGAUCAAGUACGCCUUUUCGUUUUGUCAAAGUGUGUAAAAUCACUCUACCAAAAUUUAACGGAUUUUACAAGUUAUAAAUGACUGCGUUAAUUGCUUCAAUAAUAAUAUGUUUGCUAUGUAAAUAUGAUGAUGGGAAUUAUUUACUUGAUUUAAUACAUAAUUGACACGUGUAUGAUUUAUCUAUUUGACAGGUGGGUUUUGUAUAUGCACUUCACCUUGUAAUUGAAUCCUGAGUUAUCUUUACUAUUUUGACAGUCAAGUUGUAAAGUAAAUUGCACUUGUCACUGAUGAGCCGUGUUUAGCAGCAAUUGAGUAAAAUUAUAUUAAUUCCGUAGUUGGACUCGGUACUGCGGGGAUUUCAUGUUAUGCAAUUGAUAUUUGUACAUAUCUGUAUUUACGACGUAUGGUUAUCAAACAGCGUUUCGUAAUAAUAAGUAAUUUCGUUUACCGAUAUUUACAUACAAGCUAUUCAAUUAUAAUUAUAAUCAUGUCUUUUGAAGUGGGAAAUACCCAAUUCUCAAUAAACUCUUGUAUUUAUUUACACAUGUGCAAUUUUUAGUGUCCAAUACAUACAUAUAGUUAUUAGUAACCGUACUUGAGGACAAUUAAAAUUGUAAUCUUGAUACGAAAUAAGUAAAUAUGAGAAAAUUACUAAAAUAUCGAGUAACCUUCCUAACCGUGGUUGUAUGCAGUACACUACAUUUUUUAGGGUGUGUGACAGGGCAGGAAAUUUGUAGCGAUGGGGAGCGAUACUCGCCACAUCCGGACUGCAAAUUUUACUGGGAUUGCAACUCUGUUGGGGACCCGAUUUUACGGGAAUGCCCGGCCGAUUUAUUUUGGGAUGUUGCCAUAACGGCGUGCAAUCUGCCAGAAAAUGUGCCCGAGUGCGUGGGUGGGACCAGACCACCCAUCACGACGACCACAAUUCCAACAACGACCCGGCCAACUACGACGACCCGACCGACAACUACGCGACCAAGUACGACCACACCAACUACGACGCCGACCACUAGCACACCCACGACGACGACGCCAUGUUCCACACCCUGUUGUGUGAAUGACACGAUGGUGAUUAGAAAUACGUAUUUCGAACCUACUUUAGACCCGAUAUGGAGCUUUCUGUCUGGAAGCAUGCUCAAUGGGGGAUUAAUCACCGGUUUCUCCACGAUGAGAUGGGAAUGUUCUUUGGUGAUUAUCACCCUCACAGCCACGUUGCGCCUCCGCGUCCCGAAUUUCUACAUGGAGACAAUAUACUCAGGAAUGCACGGGUACUUCGACUUCCGCCCAUUUACCCAGGGUUGCCUCCCCUCCGGAAAUUUUACCGGGCAGGGGGCCGCCUACGUCGAGAUGGGCAAUCUCGACUCCCACAUGCGCGCCGUACUGAUCGUCAACCUUAUCACGAAUCGUGUCAACAUUCGCACCCUGACAAUCCAGACGUUAACGUUUGACUCGCUUUUUAUCAACUUCGGUCCCGAAUUCGUAAUUGGCGGGUCAACCGUGGACUGGGACGCGUUCAAUGAGAAUUUUCCGACCUGUUUCGCCACCGAGUUGGAGGAAUAUAAGGUCGAAUUGGAGGAAAAAUUGAGGUCGACGUUUAAUCCGUUUUUUUCAUACUUUACGCUAGCAGAGGUAAUUGCUAUCAUUACGGCGGGAGACUGUCCAAUUUGCUCGGUAAUGAUGACAUCUGGUCAGAAAGGGAUGUUGUUUUAGGGUUUUUGAUGUGAUUCGGUGUGGACAAUGUUUUUGUAGUAAUGACAAAAUAAAUAAAAGCAGUAGAUGUAUAUAGAUUAACAAGUUUACAUAUAUGUACAAGUUAUUGAAAAUUAUUUAUUUUGUCAUAAAUUCAAAAUACUGGUUCUCUGAUCAGUGGCCGAUCUUGAAAUCGUGAUUCGGCGUCUUCAGGUAUUAUUUCAAAUGACAAAUUGUGCGAAAUAUUUAUUGAAGAUUUUGCAAACAUUUUCAAAUUACAUACAUGGUUAUGUUGAUAAAUUAAAUUUGUUAAUUAGGUAUUCAAAGGCCUUCUUAAGAAUGCUGAAUCUAUUCUUUUAGAAAACCAUUAUUGCAUUGCGUUGAUGAAUGUGUAUUUUUGUAAAAAAGUUCACUUGAUUGACAUGGCGAGUUUUACAAUAAUUUGUUAAUUGGAUAAAUGCUAUUAAGUUUGCGUAUUAAAACAAAUUGAACCUGUCAACGGGGCAUGUUUGACAUUAAUUGAUUAUUUGAUUAAAACUGGAUGAAAUAAAUUAUGUUCAUGUUGUA